AUGCUGAUGCUGGAUUGGAACCACAAGCUUAAAGAGGAUGGGGUGAAAGUGUGGUGUGUGGGACCCGGUCUGCUCGCCACUAAUCUAGGCGGUGUACCAGAGCUGGCGAAGAAGAUGGGCGCCAAGCAUCCAAGUCUUGGUGGCAGGUUCAUUAAGAGAGUGGUUGAAGGGGAGAGGGAUGAUGAUGUGGGUAAGAUUGUGGUCGCGGCGGGAAUUAUGCCGUGGUGA